CACCUUGAAAAACCCGAUUAUGGCCGAGAAUCAGACCGCCACGGAAGAUUCCGGUCAGCAAUCGCAACAUCAGCAGCAAGGGCAGCAGCAGCAACAACAGCCGCAGUCGCCACAGCAAGAUCAGCCACCUCCCUCUGCACUCGCAUCGCCUACAACACCGCCACAAGAGAAUAAUUCCGCAUCAUCGCCCGAAGACACCCAAACCGUUGUUGCACCCAACACCAAUCAUCAUUCGCACAAUCACAACCUCCGCAAUCAGCAUCAGCAUCAUACAAAUCAAGUGCAUCCCGAGCAAGGCCAUUCACUUACCAUAAUGGAUCAUCAUCAAUUCUCUGAUAUGUUCAAGAGUAGCACCAUAGCAGCACAGCGCCGCAACACAAUACAGUCUCACGCUCCCAUACGUGCCGCCGGUACCACAGCGAUUAAGAAGCCGCCAUUGACUAAAAUGACAUCGCUAUCAAAUGCAAAUACCGGUGGCAGUAGUGGUGGUGGUGCGAAAGUCACCAACUCGUCGGAGAAACGUCAUCAUCACCAUCAUCCCCAGAGCGCCCAUCAUUCGUCGCUGCACCAUCAUAAUGUGAACAGCAGCAUGAAUCAUCAUCACCAUUCACCUUCAACGGGUGGUAGUAGUGCAGUGCAUCGUCGUACCAGUGAGAGUUUGCGUCUCAACGCCUCUGUCAGUGGUGGUAAUAAUGGCGGCAGCAGUGGUUCUGGUUCGGUCGUUAAUUCAUCCAAUACGAAUCUUUCAAAUGCGACCAGCACUAGUAGCAUUCACUCGAAUGUGACUACAAACAGUACCAGCUCGAGCACAUCGGUUGCACCACAGUCAACAGCCACUACGGCUUCGACAUCGACGAAAGUCACAUCGCCAAACAACAAUGGUGGUGGCAGUAGUUCGGCCAGCACCAAUACAAGCCGCAGUCAUCACAGUCAUGGCCAUGGAGGUGGUGGUGGUGUAAAUGGCGCUGGCGGCAAUCAGCACCAUACUGCCGCUUCACAGCCAAGCAAAAAACCAAAGACGACCUCAUCUUUUCAGAUUACUUCCGUUACUGUGGGACAUCCCAAGGUGAAUUCCGAUAAUGGCGAUGAGUCGGCUGACGACUUGGAUGAAUCCCAUACAGAUGAAUCUCAUAGUCGUGUUACCGAUCUCGAAAAUGAGACACCUUCAAUGUCAGAAGAUACAUUCUCCAAAGAGGAGGUGUAUUUCUCCAAUAACGCGUUGAGCACUACAGCACCGGUGAUACCGACCAGUUCACAGUAUGGUCUCGUUGUUGUAGAUCCCAUUGGCCCAUCGCUCGGACAGACCAUACAAAAUGUACAGGUCAAUGUUUCGGACAACAUUAUAAAUGUGGUGAGCGCUGCUGUCACACCAGGCGGCAGUAAGAAGAAGGACGACAUCAAGGAGACGCAGCAUCGUAGCGAACGUUUCAAGGUGGUUAAGAUCGAGUCGACUGAGCCGUUCCGCCGUGGACGUUGGAUGUGCAUGGACUAUCUCGAUCACUCAACUGUAGGCACCGGCGGUAAGGAGGGCGGCGGUGGCAACAAUAAUGAAAAGACUGUUUCCUCCGAAUCGGGUAGCGGCGGCAGCAGCGAACCGGCAAAGACUACACAAAGUAUGAUAAUUGGCACGGGCGCCGCACAAUUACUCGAAAAUCAUGUGGAUGGCGUUGGAAAUAGUUUGCAACUUACUACUGGGGGCGGUACUGUUGCCAAUACUGCGAAUGAUGACAACUGGAACUUUGGUGAAGGUGAUGGAAGCGUCAGCUCACCAGCUCAACAGAUGCAUCAACAAAUGUCUGCACCAUCUGGUAUUGCCACCGCACCGGCUACAGUAGUACAUGGCAUGCAACACUUUAUGUCCGAAUCAGCCGGCAUACAGCAGGGACAUACGCAACAGCAACAGCAGCAGCAGCAGCAACCACAACAGCAACAGUCACAACAAGUAUAUGCUGAUAAUGCGAAUGCCAAUAAUACAGGCGUCGGUGGAGCCACUCAGGAUGUCGUUCACGGGCAAACAUUGCCCAUGGAUUAUGCAACAGUUGUCGCACAGCAAUUGCAACAAUCGUUGCAGCAACUAAAGAAACAGGAGGAAGCGAUUGCCGCUUCCGAAGAAGCUGGUACGGUUUAUGUGCCACCACAGGCACAACAGCAACAGCCGCAACAACAACAGCCGCAGACGCUUCCUAGCAAUUUGCAGUUUCAAAACGGCAGUGUUGUUAUGUGUGACAACAAUAACGGUGCUGUUAGCAUGCAACAGGUUGAAAAUCCGCAGCAACAGUCCAUGCCAACAGCCUAUGUAGCACAACAGCAAAGUGGCAACUACAGUCAACAGCAGCAACAAAACUUCCAACCCGCUGUUACACAGCAACAACAGCAGCAGCAGCAGCAACAGCAUCAUCAACAACCGCAACAACAACAACACCAGCCUUCUCCUCCGCAAAUGAUGGGCAACGACGCCAUGAAUAUGCAACUUCAGCAACAGCAAUCAUUGCAACAGCAGCAGCAGCAACAGCAACAACAGCAACAACAAAAUCAAUCGGCUUCCGCACCGACAUCGCAAAUCGAUGGCGCAGCCACACAACCACAACAAUUCCAGUUCCAGUCACAAGCGCAGCCACAGUCGCAGCAACAGCAGCAACAACAAACACAUCCACCACAGUAUCAACACCAACAAUCCGCUCCAGCUGGUCAAACGAUGCCCAUCGUAACUCAAUUGACAAACUAUGAAUUGCAGCAACAGUCUGGCGGUCAGCAACAGCAACAACAUCAGCAGCUGCCACAACAAAUGCAACAAAGUGCGCCGCCGACUAUUGCUGAUCCUAAGGUUCUUGCGGCCACCAUACAGGCACAUCAUGAACAGCAGCAACAACAACAACAACAACCAGUAACGCUUGACAAUGUCCAAAUAACCAAUCCAACAACAAUCGCGAAUAUGCAAAACGAAACAUUGCAGUUGCAGCAACAGCAACAAAUUCAUAGUGCUAAUAAUAUGAACAAUGCUAGUGCCAAUACUAACAAUAACAAUAACAGCAAUAAUGUUGCAACUGUGAAUACAGUCGAAGAGCCGGCACCGGUUCAACAGGCAACUCCGCCGGCACAACAACAACAACAGCAGCAGCAAGUACCACAACAAUUGCAACAGCUACCACCACAACAACAGCAACAGCCAUCACAGCAAACACAACCGAACGCAGAAACAGAGACUGAUAGUGCAUCUGGAACAAGUGCAGUUGCGAUCGAUAAUAAGAUCGAGCAAGCUAUGGAUCUGGUCAAAUCCCAUCUUAUGAUAGCUGUUCGCGAGGAAGUUGAAGUACUCAAGGAGAAGAUUUCCGAGCUGAUGGACAAAAUCAAUCAACUUGAGGUUGAGAACACCAUAUUGAAAUCGAACAUGUCACAGGAGAUGUUGCAACAAUUGCAAAUGCAAACGCAGCUGCAGAUCGCUGGCAGCAACACCAGUAGCAAUGGCAGUAGUGCCGGUACACCAGCGAUCACGGCCGGCAAUACCAGCAAUGCCACAGUAUCGACCGCUAAUAUGAUUGCCGCAGCACCACAACAACAACAACAGCAGCAGCAACAGCAACAACAACAGGCUGGUACACCCACAACUGCUGCGGCCAAUGAGAGCAGCGACGCCAGCCCAGCGACCGAAACAACGGCUACAGCAGCAGCCGCAGCAGCAGCAGCGACCAAUAAUGGCGCGGAAAAUGUGGCGGCCACAACAAACGGCCCAAUGUCGUCAUCCUAAACGCCGCAAUGUUGAAGCGUUAAUUGAAAAAGCUUAUAGUCGAAGCGAGGCGUAGCAUAUUAAACAAGAAAACAAAACUUUCUCGAAGCACCAGUCUGGGUAGUUGGAGUUACAUAAAUGUUAGAAUUGAAGGUGAUAUUGGUGUGUGUAUGUUGAGUGAGCGGCGGUUGGACUGCAAGUAGUGGCGUACAAAUUAAUUUAAUUUUGUUGUUGUGUAUGUGUUGGUUGUUGAGAGUCUUUGACAAAUGAAAAGCAACUAUAAUUUAGUGGCAACACAAAAAAAAUGUUUUAUUGCGCCAAAAAAGAUUCUCAUAGCCACAAAAAAAUUAAAAAAAAUGGCAAUGUUUGCAACUUUUGAGAAACAUGCACGAGCGUUGUAUCGGUUAAUAUAUUUUAUAUACAUACAUAUUUAUUUUUCACAAACAAAUACUUUCCGUUUUCUAUGGAAUGCUGCAAGUUUUUCAAAACUGCAAACAUUGUGAUCCAUGCCACGGCAAUAAAAAUAUACGCUUGAUUCAUUUUUUACGCGUCCAGCGAGGCGACCAUGUAAAGCACCGUCGCCUCUCUUCAAUACAUUGUGGCUAACAUUUGCAAACCAUCACAACACCAGCAAACACUGGCAAACACACAUCACGAAAAUUCCACAAACUUAAAGAAAUAAGCAACAAAACUUCAAGCAAAAAUAAAGCAAGAAACAAAACUCUCUGAUAAACGUCGCCAAACAAUUGGUUGUGCGCCAAUGCUGCCAUAUGUUGCUGGCAACAUAUAGCGCUUUCAUAGCAUACCAACAAGUAUUCCCAGCUUUGUUUGAGCGACGCACCGCCGUGUGUUUGUACGCAUUAUUUUUGCAUUGCCGCAACACACACACUCAAACACUCACACACAAGCACUGGGCAACGUUUGUCCUCUAGCGACAACAUGUUGCUAACGCUGCUACAAAUGUAUUAAUAUAAAUCUGCAGCAACUAAAACAGCGCAACAUGUUGCCGCAGUGACUUCAAGCGGCAAACAAAGCGAAAUGAUCAUGUUAAAUGUGAUAUACAUAACUCAAUUUAUAAUUAUUUCAAGCAUACAAAAAUAUGAAGUUGAGUCGAAUGGAAGCAGGAAGUGGGGGAACACAGAAGGUAGUAAGCAAAAUAUUUUAAUGUUGCUGCACGCGCUUGAAAGAGAACAAAGUGCGUUGUUGCAAACUUUGUAUCUUUGUAAAUAUGAAUGAGAGAAUAAAAUCGUUUGCAUUAUUUGCUUCAUAUUGUCAUAAUCUGUAUAUUAUUAUUGUGUUUUUUAAAUUUUAAUUUCAAAAUUUUUUACUUUUCACUGACACUUGAAAAGCGCAUAGUUAAAGCAUAAGCAAACGAUUAGAGAGGAGCAGUUUAAGAAAGUAUGAUUCAACAUAAAAUUCAUUUUUCUUUUAGUUAUUUUAGUUAAAGUUGUGUGUAAUUUUAAGUUUUGAUAUUAUUUUCCAUCCAUGUUGUAUAAUUUUUACAAAGCAGAUAAAUCACGAUGUGAAAAACCAAAAGCGAAAUAUUUGCAUGUUAACAUUAACAAUAGAAAUAACAACAACAACAGCCAUAUUGCAUGUAUUUGUAUGUAUUUCCAAAUUCAGUAAAUAUAAGCACAUUUCUUUUGGAAAAAAAAUAAUAAAACUGUAAACAAGCAAAAGA